GGUUGACGCAGGGAUACAGGGCUCUCAGCAUCCACAAAAACCUCUCCAUCCACCUCCCACAAUGACCAGACUCGCAGAAAUGAUGUGUGAACAUAUUCAGAGCUGGGCCAUGUGACAGGUGAUGUGCAAUGCAGAGGAGACACAGCAGCAACACGGAUGGCAUGCCCUCUGAAAGGAGCCGUAGCCAAACUCUGGGGUCGGAGAGCAGCCUGGAUGAGGGUGGUGUGUUUGACUGCUUAAAACCAGAAUCUCCAACAUCACCCCAACAGAUCUUCUCUGGCCUGGUGGGCGUUCCCUCUGGUUCUGUGUCCUCGGCCCAAUUCCAGGCGGCCGGAUUAGUCCUGGGCUCUCCUCCUGAAGUUUUUAUCCAGAUGACCACCUCCUCCAGGGACGAAGGGGGCCCCCAUCGCAGCGAGGUUGGCCCUUUCCUUCCUCGCCCUCCUCAGCAUCACCAUCACCAUCCUCAUCAUCACCACUUCCACCACCAGCCCCUGCAGCACCGGACCCCCUCUCUGCUCCAACAGGCCACCACAGCAGCUGGCUCUGAGAGGCAUGGCUCCAGGGAGGACUCCCAGGAGGACCAGUCCACUCCAGCUCCAGCUCUGUCUGAGCUCAAAGCAGUGGUCACUUGGCUACAGCGAGGCUUUCCCUUUAUCCUCAUCCUGCUGGCCAAAGUUUGCUUUCAGCACAAGCUAGGUUUAGCGGUCUGCGUUGGCAUGGCUUGUACCUUUGCGUAUGCCAACUCAUCUUUAAAGCACCAAGUGGCAUUAAGGGAACAUCGUUCUCUGCUAGUUGCUUUGUGGAUCCUCUUAUUCCUUGCAGGAAAUAUUUUCUAUAUCUACUACACAUUCCACAACGAAGAGCUUCAGAACAGCCUCAUAUUUGCCAAACCAAAUCUUGACAGCUUUGACUUCUUUGAUCUAAUCUGGAUCGUGGGCAUCACAGACUUUGUCCUCAAAUACUUCACCAUCGGUCUGAAAUGUUUCAUCCUUUUCCUGCCUAAGAUUAUGCUGGCCUUCAAAUCUAGGGGAAAGUGCUACCUGCUGAUUGAAGAGCUGAGCCAGUUGUUCCGGACUCUUGUGCCCAUCCAGCUCUGGUACAAAUACAUCAUGGGGGAGGAUCCUUCCAGCAGCUACUUUCUAGGGGCCGCGCUCAUCAUAAUCUACAGCCUGUGCAAGUCCUUCGACAUCUGUGGUCGAGUUUCUGCCAUACGCAAGGCCUUUGUCAUCCUCUGUGGCACUCAGAGCUACGGCGUGCGCGCGGGGACGCAGCAGUGCAGCGAGGCAGGUGACAUCUGCGCUAUUUGCCAGUCUGAUUUCAGAGACCCCAUAGCUCUGCUCUGUCAGCACGUGUUCUGUGAGGACUGUCUGUGUCUGUGGUUCGAUCGGGAGCGCACUUGUCCUCUUUGUAGAGCCACAGUCAUCGAGACCCCGCGAUGCUGGAAAGAUGGCACCACCUCGGCUCAUUUCCAGAUCUACUAGGCUUCAUCAGAGCUUAUGCAUCCUGUGCCCCGUGUGGCUCGCUGUAAACACUGCUACACAAUCUGCUGCGUCUCAAACAUAUUGCAAGGCUUUUUAAGGGCAAGGUCAUGGUCUGAGGAAUGCACAAGUCAGUUUAAAAAGUGAUUUACCAGUGUAGUGCUUUUAGUGUGACACAGAAUGAUUUUAACAUGUUUGUAUAGAUUUUAUUAUGCGACUAUUUAAAUUCCUCACUCCAUUAAGCAUUAAUUUUGCAAAAUAGAAUUCAAAGUUUGAAAUAAUCUUAUUAACGCUGCUGUGUAUGUGUCAUUUUUGUCUUAUUCAACAAAAUAACAACUGAAUAAACCACCUGUCCCUGUUUAUUU